AUGCUUACCGUCCGUGAGUCGUGUCCAUCCACGGUUGUAAACGUGCAGGUCUUUGUGUUGAAGUUCCACACCAUCGCACGCUACCAGCUGGUCUCCAUCUUCAAAAAGUGCAAGCCCCAGUCAGAGAUGGGUGUGGUCGAACCAGGAGUGUUACCUGGUGUACCGGCCACACCCACUCCAUCCACCACUCCGGCCAUCUUACCUCCCGCUCCUCCCACACCCGUCGCUGCGGCGCCUCAACCUCCAUCAACGUCCUUAGACAGAGCGGGUGAGAAGGAAGACAAGCAGACGUUCCAGGUGUCCGACUGCCGCAGCUUAGUGAAGACUCUGGUGUGCGGAGUGAAGACGAUCACCUGGGGCAUCACGUCCUGCAAAGCUCCAGGAGAGGCCCAAUUCAUUCCUAACAAGCAGCUUCAGCCGAAGGAGACCCAGAUCUACAUUAAGCUGGUGAAAUACGCCAUGCAGGCCCUGGACAUCUACCAGGUUCAGGUUGCCAACAACCAGCAGACGUACAUCAGGGUGGCAAACUGCCAGACUGUUCGCAUGAAGGAGGAGAAAGAAGUCCUGGAGCAUUUUGCCGGAGUCUUCACCAUGAUGAACCCUCUCACAUUCAAGGAGAUCUUUCAGACCACUGUGCCCUACAUGGUGGAGAGGAUCUCCAAGAACUAUGCACUGCAGAUUGUUGCAAAUUCGUUCCUGGCCAACCUGUCAACGUCGGCUCUGUUUGCCACCAUCCUCGUGGAGUAUCUUCUCGAGAGACUACCAGAGAUGGGCUCUAACGUCGAGCUCUCAAAUCUUUACCUCAAGCUUUUUAAACUCGUAUUUGGCUCAGUGUCACUGUUUGCUGCUGAGAAUGAGCAAAUGCUAAAGCCACACCUCCACAAGAUCGUGAACAGCUCCAUGGAGCUCGCCCAAUCAGCUAAGGAACCCUACAACUACUUCCUGCUUCUCCGAGCUCUCUUCCGCUCCAUUGGUGGAGGCAGCCAUGAUCUUCUCUACCAAGAGUUCCUACCGCUUCUACCUAACCUGCUGCAAGGUCUGAACAUGCUGCAGAGUGGGCUUCACAAGCAGCACAUGAAGGACCUGUUUGUGGAGUUGUGUCUGACGGUCCCGGUGCGUCUGAGCUCCUUGCUGCCGUACUUACCGAUGCUGAUGGACCCGCUGGUUUCUGCUCUCAACGGCUCUCAGACUCUGGUCAGCCAGGGCCUCCGCACCCUGGAGCUGUGUGUGGACAACCUGCAGCCCGACUUCCUGUACGACCACAUCCAGCCCGUCAGAGCCGAGCUCAUGCAGCCCGGGGAGUUCCUGCGGAUCUACAACCUGCGAGCGAUCCCAGGAUCCAGCAAGGUGCCGGGCCUCACCAGCAGCCAGAAGGAGCUGGACCACCUGGCCUUCCACCUGCACGGAGGAAACACCUUCGGGAGGGGCAUCCGGGUGCUUCCAGAAGACUGCCCCGACGUGCAGGAGAUGAAGAGGCGGGAUCAGCGUCCGUUAAUCCUGAGCUCCACAUCUGGGAGCGAGCCUGGAUCCUCUGCUGCUCCUCUGGGAUCAACACAGAGAUUUCAACUCUGA